AUGCUCUAUGGCAACCCAGAGGUAAUUAUCCAUAACCUUAUUGCAAAGAUCAAUGCCGCUCCUGCUCCUAAAUCUGAUAAACUCGAUAGCAUCAUAGAGUUUGCAUUAACGGUGCAAAACUUAUGUGCAACUAUAGAGGCAUGUGAGCUUUUGGAGUACUCCUAUAACGUUGUACUAUUAAGAGAACUCGUAGACAAACUUCCGUCGAGCCUCAAAUUAGAUUGGGCAAAGCACCGACGUACUCUACCAUCAGUUAACCUGUCAACGUUUGCAGAUUGGCUUUACGAUCUUGCCGAAACCGUGUGCCCGAUAGCGCCGUUGAGUAUCUCUCGCCCCGCGAAGAAUGGGCCUGCGUUUCUUAAUACGCAUUGUGAGGAAAAUGGAAACAGGCCUACAUUAGCCAACAAUUCUUCAGUUCUCACAUCAUCGACUAAGUUGUGUCCAGCGUGCAGAGGUGACUGCUCUGGUCUUGAAAAGUGCCAGCACUUUCUGAACUACGGGUACAAUUCAAGAUGGACAAUGAUCAAAGAAGCAGGAAUUUGUAGAAAAUGUUUGAGAAAACGCAAAGGAACUUGUAAGUUGCAACAAUCGUGCGGAAAAAACGGUUGCACCUAUAAGCAUCACCCACUACUUCAUAACAGUCAGCUAGAUGAAACUGCAGCGCCUCAAGUUCGAGACCGUAAGCCGGAUAUUUAUAAUCAAACUCCAGAUGAACGAGACUGCCAUGCCCAUCAUAGCACCGCUUCAAAAACACGGUUUCGCGUAGUUCCGGUUGUACUGUAUGGUCGGGAGAAGAAACUUAACAUUUACGCCUUUCUGGACGACGGAUCAUCGUGGACUCUGAUGGACGCAUGA